AUGACGACUGAAAGAGUAGUAUCCUUUCAAGAACUUGUGGACCUUAUCCAUAAUGAUGCUCAAGUAGCACUUGAUCAUCCUUUUAUAUUCAAGAAACCAAUAAAGAAUGUAGCCGUUAUAGGCGCUGGUCCUUAUGGGCUUUGUAGUGCUCGUCAUUUAAGAGAUGCCGGUUUGAAUGUCAAGGUCUUUGAACGAAAUAGCUCUGUUGGUGGUAUUUGGAAGUACUCGGACACGGCACCGCCCAAGCCAAAGAUGCCCACAAGUCGUAUAAGCUUGGACGAUGGAAAUACAGAUGAUGUACCCAAAGAUGGAACCAAACGCACACGAAUGUACGAAAUCACACCCGAACUUCGUCAAAGGAUCUUUAGAAAAUGUCCACCUUCAGGUUGCUAUCGUGACCUAUUCACAAACAUCCCUUCUCAGCAUCUUGCUUAUCCCGACUUUGCUUUCCCGGAAGGUACAUCAGGAUUAGUCACACACCAGGAGAUGUUGGCUUAUUUUGAACGAUAUGCGACCACGUUCAAUUUGAUGGAGUUAAUAGAUUUCGGCACAAGCGUUGACAUAGCUGUCAAAACCGCUGAUGAUGAAUGGGAGCUCGUGUUGUCAAAGUAUGAUGUUUAUCCAAGUGGAUUUGUCAAGGAAACAAAGUGGAGGGAAAAGUUUGAUGCUGUGGUUGCCGCGUCAGGGGUCCAUCAGGAACCCUAUGUACCCGACAUCAAGGACCUGACCGCCUUUAACAAAAUGUGGCCCGUGAAAGUGGCCCAUUCAAAACAAUUUAGACGACCUGAAGAUUUUAAGGAUAAGGCAAGUAAGGGGUUUAAAAUAAAUAUACUUAACGUUUUGCUUAUUGGUGUACGAGUUUCUGGUGUCGACAUUGCUAGAUCUCUGGAGGGCUUUGCCAAGUCAAUCACUAUGGCAUUAAAAGGAGAUUUUACAACGCCUUUUCCAGUGGAAAACAUCAUUCGUGCAAAGAUACCCAAGUGUGUGGACGUUAAGUGUGAAGUAGCCUCGUUUUCGAAUCCAGAGGGAGAAGUGGACGGUAGUAUCACCUUCCAAGACGGAACGGUGCUGAAUGAUGUAGAUCAGGUCAUCUUUUGUACCGGAUACACACAUUCACUCGGCUACUUGGACGGCCUUAUCAUUCGAGAAGAAGAGUACCAGUCAUCUGCAAAGCCAAAAUUUAUUGACGUGCCUCCUAGCCAUGUCGUCCUUGGACGCAAGUAUCCUCUUAAUGCUUAUCAUGAAGUGUUUCUCAUGUCGGAUCCCACGCUUUGCUUUGUGGGUAUGCCUCGUAUGUUUAGUAUCACACCUUACUUUGAUACCCAAGCACAAGUCGUUGCUCGUGUAUGGAGUGGAAAUGCAUGCAUUCCGACCGCUGAGCUUAUGUGUCAGCUAGCCGAUAGCUUUAACCCUGGUCUGCCCCUGGACGACCUAUAUGCGUGUGACCGACGACGACGUGAAAUUUAUGUUGGCUGGCUAAACUAUCAGGCAGAGAAACUAGGCAAGGCCGAUUUACCUGAAAUCAAAAACUUUGAUGAGAGUUAUGAAGAGGAAGGAGCGCGGUUGGCGAAUGCAUGGGGUGAUUUAUCAGAAGCCAACUUUCAAAAUGUGAAACAAAGGUUGCUUAAUGAACUAGAAACAUGUUAA